CAUGCGGAUGCUGUCCUGAAUGUGCCCUGGACUGCGCUGGCGUGUAUUCUGGACCAUCAUCCCCCAGCAGCGGAGGGCGCUGCAAAGUACAAAUGCCCUGUCUUCACGUCUGUGGAGGCCAUGCUCGAAGACAACAGUGUCAAGUUGAUGCAGCCAUCGUAUGCACUCCGAAUCAGACCCUCGUCCCCAUCUCCAAGGAGCUAUUGCAUGCUGGCAAGCAUUUCUUGUGCGAGAAGCCCAUCUGUGCCGAUGUGGCCAGUGGGCACCUGCAUAUCGAAUGCGCGGAAGAUAGCAAGUGGAAGCUUCUGACAGGUCACCAUCGUUGUUUCAAUCGCUACCCAGUAGCAGUCAAGCAGCACAUCCUAUCUCUUGGACGUGUCAUUCCCACCAGCGGCCUCUGGAAUAUUUACAAUCGGCUCUCAUAUUUCGGUCUACCAAUAGAGUGGCGCCACCUGGACUCGGCUCGGCCCGUUUUCAUCAACAUAAUCCACGAGAUUGACCUUCUCCACUACUGGUAUGGUCCGAUCACACGCUUUUUAGCGGAGCAGACUAUCUUCCAGAGACGGUUCGAUGCUGAGGAGGGCGCGGCGAUUAUGCUUAGAUUUGCAAGUGGCCUGGCGGGGACCUUUCUCCUGUCUGAUGCGGUAGUGUCGCAACACAAUUUCGGGGGCGGCACGGGCGAAAACCCAAUCAUUCCAUGCACCAGACAAGACUUUCACAGUUUAUUCGGCUCAGAGGGAAGCCUCAGUGUAUCGGACAUGACUCGGUGGGACUAUGGAAACGGUGAGAACAGUCGGAACAGAGAGCUGUUGGAGAUCAUGCUGGAGGUGCCGGAUCUGAAGAUUCCAUUUGCGUCCCCGAUUGAGCUCUUUAUGAAGGUCAUCAAAGAUGAAGAGUCGGCUAGCUGCGAUGGUGCCGAGGGGCUGAGGGCUGUCGUAGUGUGUAAGGCUUUCAAAAGGUCAAUGAAGGAGCAUUGCCCAGUAGAGAUAGAUUGGGGCGGCCAGUACUAGGCUAAGCGGAGCUGAAGAGGUG